UCGUGGCCGCUGCGUGCCUUUCUUGCACGGCGGUAGUAGCGAGGAGUCCGGCUGCGGUGGGCGCCCCAGGAAGCAGCAGUACUCUGUUGUAGAAUUGCUCAAGACGAAUGGUAAGCCUAAAGGCAAGAAUAACAGCUAUCCUGGAUAGAGAAUUAGCAUGCUGAUUCCAUUUUCAAAGAAGAAUUGCUUCCAGUUACUUUGUUACCUCAAGGUCCCAGCAACUGGCUUUAAAAACACAGUAAAAAGGGGGCUUAUUUUACAGUCAGUUUCCAAUGAUGUUUACCAAAAUCUGGCUGUAGAAGACUGGAUCCAUGACCAUGUGAAUCUAGAAGGCAAGCCAGUCCUGUUCUUUUGGAGAAAUUCUCCCUCUGUUGUAAUUGGUAGGCAUCAGAAUCCUUGGCAGGAAUGUAACCUGAAUCUGAUGAGAGAAAAAGGUAUAAAACUGGCUCGGAGAAGAAGUGGAGGAGGAACAGUUUACCAUGAUAUGGGUAAUAUCAAUUUGACUUUUUUUACAACUAAAAAAAAGUAUGAUAGGAUGGAAAAUCUAAAAUUAGUUGUGAGGGCGCUGAAUGCCGUUCAACCCCAGCUGGAUGUGCAGCCUACCAAAAGAUUUGACCUUUUACUUGAUGGACAAUUUAAAAUCUCAGGAACUGCCUCAAAGAUUGGCCGGACUACUGCUUAUCACCACUGCACUUUGUUAUGUAGUACUGAUGGGACCCUCUUGUCAUCUCUGCUCAAGAGCCCUUACCAAGGGAUCAGGAGCAAUGCCACUGCCAGCACACCUUCCUCAGUAAAAAAUCUGUUGGAAAAAGACCCCACUCUGACCUGUGAAGUGCUGACAAAUGCUAUUGCUGCAGAAUAUGCUGCUUAUCAUCAGAUUGAUAAUCACAUCAACCUGAUAAACCCAACAGAUGAGACACUGUUUCCUGGAAUAAAUGGCAAAGCCAAAGAACUACAAACCUGGGAGUGGGUCUAUGGCAAAACUCCAAAGUUCAGUGUAAAAACUUCCUUUAAUGUGGUAUAUGAACAGUCAUACUUGGAAAUUAAAGUAUUCAUAGAUGUAAAAAAUGGAAGAAUUGAAAUCUGUAACAUUGAAGCACCAGACCAUUGGUUGCCACUGGAAAUAUGUGAAAAAUUAAAUUCUAGUUUUGUUGGUAGUAAGUUUUGCCCAAUUGAAACUACUAUGCUAACAAAUAUAUUACAUAGAACAUGUCCAGAAGACAAUGAACUAUACAAUAAAUGGAAUAUUCUCUGUGAAAAUAUUAAGGGAAUAAUGUAAAUGCAAGUAAAUUUCUUAAUAUUGGCAGAUUAAGUAAGAAAAUAAAAAUUGCAGUGUACAUUAUAUGUCUCUUAAAAUUAAAAGGACCUAGCCUCUUUCA